CGUCCACACACUCCUCCAGACACACACACACACACACACACACACACACUCACACAUACACUCACACAUACACGGGUUUCUUGCGGUGAUUUGGCUGCAGAGAGCUGGGCAGGAUUCGCCUCAGAGUCCGGGGGUCAGCACCGGGUUUAGUGGGGCACAUUGAAAGAGGAACGCGGAUGUAUACUUCCGUGAAAAAUUGGUAAAAAUGCCUUGAUUUGGUUUGAUUUUGAUUUUGAGUGCGCAUACAGUACCUGUGCGGACUUGCCUGUCAGAGGGGGAGUCGAGGCCGAGGAGACACACCUUUACCUGCCUGCCCCCCCCACUCCACCUCCCCCUGUUUCUGCCCUCUAACUGCACGCGGAGGUAUCUGGAAAUGUCGGCAAAUGAGAGAGCAACGCGCGCGCUGCGGGAGAUCCUGCAGAACGCCGGGAAUGAAACGUGCGCAGACUGCGGAGCACCGGACCCUGACUGGGGCUCCUGCACUUUGGGGGUCUUCGUCUGCCUCGCCUGCUCCGGGAUCCACAGAAACAUCCCCGACACCAGCAAGGUGAAGUCUCUGAGUCUGUCUCACUGGGAGGACCACGAGGUGCAGUUUAUGGCUGAUCACGGCAAUGAGCUGAUGAAGAGUAAAUAUGAGGCUGCUGUUCCCUUCUACUACUACAAACCAACCCACAAAGACUGCCAGACUCUCAGGGAGCAGUGGAUCAGAGCAAAGUACGAGAGGAAGGAGUUCUGUGAGCCUGGGAACCACUUACUAUAUGAGGAAGGAAUGAGAGAUGGCAUGUUGAUGAAGAGGGGGCGGGACAACGGGCAGUUCCUCAGCAGGAGAUUCGUCCUCUCGGAGAGGGAGGGGACCCUGAAGUAUUUCACCAAAUAUGACGCUAAGGAGCCCAAAGCAGUGAUCAAAGUGGACACCAUCAACGCCACCUUCCAGCCGGAGAAGAUCGGAAACCCCAACGGCCUGCAGAUCACCUACCUCAAAGACUACAGCACGCGCAACAUCUUCGUCUACCACGACACCGGAAAGGAGAUUGUGGACUGGUUCAAUACGAUUAGAGCGGUUCAGCUUCACUAUCUAAUGGUGGCCUUCCCCGGGGCGACAGAUGCUGAGCUGGUACACAAACUCACCCGGAACUUUCUGAAGGAAGGAUUCAUGGAAAAGACCGGCCCCAGGCAUACAGAAGGCUUCAAGAAGCGCUGGUUCACUCUGGACCAGAGGAGACUCAUGUACUUCAAAGAUCCUCUGGACGCCUUUGCCAAAGGUGAGGUGUUUUUGGGGAACAAGGACCACGGGUACAGCGCCUCGCCCGGCCUGCCCGCCGGCACACACUGCAACGGCGCCUGGCAGCACGGCGUCACCAUAGAAACGCCCGACCGCGGCUUCCUGUUCACCUGCGAGUCAGAGAGCGACCAGCAGGAGUGGCUGAAACACUUCAAUGACGUCAUGAAUGCUGUGAUGUCCCCUCAGGAGUACACAAUGGAAGCCUUGUUCAAACACAGGCAUUGAUGGACCGCCUGUGGAUCAUCUCCUCUCAUCCAUCACCCUCCAGACUCUGUUCUGCACUACCUUCAUCACUAAUAUCACCACACUAGAGCAUCUUCCAAGUCCCAAUGCUGCUCUUUGGGGGCAGAUAUCCAAACAAGAGGACCGAGGCAAUAUUCAUCGGUACAUUUAAAUAAGAUAUCUAGCGAAACAAAUAGAAAUACUACAGGUAUUUGAUUUUGUCUUGCUCACAUUUUUGUAGGAAUAAGAGAUAGUAAAAGUUUAGUUUUGGUCUGACCCUAAGCCUAACAAAUCCAUUGCCCAAAUCACCAAUAUCAAUGUUGUGUUGCUUCCCACUGUUAAUCACGUAAUCACAUGCAUGCCCAGUGCAGGCAAAUUGGUCCUCUUGUAUUAAGUAUUUUAUCCUAGUGUACUCUGAUGAUUGGGUAAUAAAAAAAAAGGCGACCAUCAACCGGACAGAAAACUGUUUUCUUCAGUCUGGGAAAUAAUUUUUUUUAAUAAAACCAAUUUUAUUGGUUCAUUGAUUUUGAUUUAUUUUCAUGUAAACUUGUGUAUCAAAUAUAAAGCAGUCCAGUUCAUGAGCUAGAGCUGAAACAUGCUGCAUAGUGUGCUGUUUUUGUCCAAAGGAUCACAAAGGACACAGAGAUUUUCUAACCAACUUAAUAUCUUCAGACACACUACCUGUACAGUUUGCAUCAUGAAUGACUUUUAUGAUUGUGUAAGACAACUUUUGUUUGCAGUAGUUGUUGAACAAGUAUGCCUGUUGAAGAUGAUCAUUUGCAAAUGCAUAGGGAUAGAAAAGCUGUAAGCACUUUAAGACAUUGCAUGGUCUAACAGUGCCUCCAUGUGGCAAACCAUACCAUCACUAAAUCUUUGUUAAAACAAUCAAUGUUUCAGGUUAAAUGUUUUCCCUUUUUCCGUUUCACUGGAGUUUUUCUUUUCUAUUUUUUGGUUAAAGAGGUACUCCCUUUGGGUAUUGACUUGGUGUCUUUUGUAACCCUUAUGUUGUGUUCGGGUCUCCCGUGACCCGUUUCAAGUUAAAAUCAUAUAAUAA